AUGAAUUCACGAUAUUCAAUAGAAAGUUGCUCGAUACCAAUUAUAGAUUUAACUAAUUCCUAUGAAAAUGAAAAAUAUCGUAAAGAAUUAGCUAAAAAACUCGAUGAUAUAUGUCAAAAUAUUGGUUUUUUUAUAAUAACUGGACAUUUAAUUGAUAAAAAACUUCAAGAUGAUAUGAUGAAUAUAUCAAAAGAAUUUUUUCUUUUACCAUUAUCAAUAAAACGAGAAAUAACUGGUUCAAAAUAUUAUCCUUAUGGUUAUAAUGGUUUAAAUGAUGAAAAUUUAUCACGUGGAUAUGAUAAAUCAUCUUCAUCAUAUAAAAAUAUAUUACCUGAUUUAAAAGAAAGUUUUUCUAUUGGACCUGAACAUGAAGGAAAAAUACGUUGGCCAACUAAACCUUUAUUAAUGCCGUCAAUUUGGUUAAAUUAUUAUAAACAAUGUCAUUAUUUAUCUCAAUAUUUAUAUAAAUUAUUUUCAUUAGCAUUAAAUUUAGAUCAAUAUUGGUUUGAUAAUAAAAUAAAUGAUCAUCGUUCAGCAUUACGUUCAUUAUAUUAUCCUUCAUAUUCAUCAUCAUUACCAAUAAAUCAAUAUCGUUCAAGUGUACAUACUGAUUAUGGUGCAUUUACAAUAUUAAAACAAGAUUCUAUUGGAGGUUUACAAGUACAAAAUCGUUUAAAUAAUAAAUGGAUUGAUGUUCCUUUUAUUGAUAAUAGUUUUGUUAUUAAUUUAGGUGAUUUAAUGUCACGAUGGACAAAUGAUCAUUGGGUAUCAACACCUCAUCGUGUUAUAUUACCUUCAAAUAAAACAAUCGAUGGUUUAUAUCCAUCUCGUCAAAGUAUUGCUUUUUUUUCUCAAAUUAAUCCAAAUGAAUUAGUUACAUGUAUACCAACAUGUUAUUCAAUAGAUAAACCACAGAAAUAUCCACCAAUUAAAUCAUGGGAUUUAAUUAUGCAAAAAUAUUUAGCAUCAACUCAAAAGAAUUAUUAA